CAGGCAGGGCUGCAGCCCGACACUUCUCAGAAGUGAGCACUGACGCAGCCCGCCGCUACGUGCAGCGAUCGCCCACGGAAACCAGCACGACUGCGCUUCUUUCCUCAGGCUCUCUGUGCGAAGUGAAACUUAUCCCCUCGGUGGUCUUUGCCUGUAAUCGGAUUUCAAUGAUGUGGACGCGCGCGGAUUUACAAACGAUUACACGAAUGUGUCUUCUCCCCAAAGAGGCGGCACUUGCGUAAUUGUGGCCACAAAUGUGGGAAUUUGCCUUUGGACAUCAUUGCCAGUUCUCUAUUCUCAGUGUAUAAAUUCUCAUGUGAAAUCUCAACUCACUUAAGGGUACAUCUCCUGCAACGGUAUUGGUAGAGAAGGGUCUCUUCUAGAAGGUGAGGUAGAAAGCUCAUCUAAGUGGCACCUAGUUCACUAACCACGGCUGGCGGAAAUGCGGGUUAAAUGGAAUGGUUAUUCUGAAGAGACAGACGUAAGAUUCCGACUCGGGUUAUUAAUUCUGAUUUCAGAACAAACCGCAGUGAGGGAUGGGGUCUGAGGCAGCUUCUUCGAAUGCCGGGAAGCCGAGCAUGACUGAGACUCCCCUGAUUCUGAAGCGCCCUCAAGGAAUUAGACCUCCUUUAUCAGAGCGCAGAACUGAUCUCCUCCAGAUAGCAAGAUGAAUCACGGACCCAGUCACACCUACCCUCCGGUCUUUCUGGUGGACCGAGGUGGGCCCCAGCCACCCGUGAUGGACCCUCGCCUGGUACCCUGCUGGUCUUUCCCUCCCGCAGCGGUGAAGAGGAAGAAGAGAGGCUGCUGUGAAGGAGCCUGUGCAGUCACAGUGCUGGUGCUCAUCCUUUUCGUCAUACUGGGAGCGCUGGGGCUAGGAGCCUUCCGGAUGCACAGGCUGCAGGCUGAACUGGUGCAACUGAGACAGGAUAUGAUUGCUCAGUGUGAGGGCCCCACGCUGCAGAAGCAAAUUGGUCUUCAAGAGACGAGCGUGGAAAAGAAAGAGACCAGACUGGCAGCACAUCUCACAGGUCGGAUCGAGAAGGAAAAGACCUCCAGGACUCUGAGCUGGGAGCCGAAGCACGGCCGGGCCUUCACCAGCGGGGUGGACUACCGGGACGGGGGGAUCCAGAUCAACGAGACGGGCCUGUACUUUGUGUACUCGCGGGUGGAGUUCAUGGGCAAGCACUGCCGCGCAAAAGACUCGCUCUCCCACACCGUGUUCAAGAGGAGAGAGGCAGCCAAGCCGCUGGUCCUCCUGGAAGGACACCGCGAGGGCUACUGCCUCCCCGCGCGAGAAGAAGGCCUGUGGUCCUCCAGCAGCUACUUGGGUGCCGUGUUCCAGCUGACCCGCCUGGAUCGGGUUUUUGUCAACGUGUCCCAUCCCGCCCUGCUCAGCCACAGCCAUAAUGCUAAUUACUUUGGUCUCUCCAAAUUGUGAAGAACUGGCACUCACCAUGACCCCCAUUGCAUGAGCUCCACUCAGAACAAUUCAGUCAGUGAAAAGGAUUUGAACAAACAACAGUUAUGAACCAUUUGCUUAGAGCAACGAUACAGUAUUUUCUCCAUAUUGAUUUAUUGAAUGUACAUGUCCUGAGAGUAAUUUUAACUGAAUGUACAGUUUUGGUUUCAUUUAUAGGACUCUUUUCUGUUACUUAAAUAUUUGGACGUUAACACUAAUGUGCUGCAGAGAUUCACGAAGUACAGCCCACAUAUUUAUUAUUUGAAUUAUUUAAUCCUGGUGAAGCCAGCUUUAAGAUUUGAUUGUACAGUUUGUUCUUCUGGACAUAAAAAUAAGUAAAUAUCCAUGUAUGUUUUCAUAACAAAGGAUGUCAUUGUUCUAGUUUACACCAUUUUCUUUAAAUAAAAAAUAAAACUAAAA